AUGGCCACAUCCAAGACAGAGAUCCCUCAGACGUUGAAGGGCAAAGUUGCCAUAGUCACGGGUGCAUCACGGGGCCUUGGUGAGGGCUUCGCUUAUGAAUUAGCCAAGAGAGGAGCCAAGAUCGUCGCGACUUACACAUCUCCCAAGAGCGACCAGCAUGUGACGGCCCUGGCCGAGAAGAUCGCAGCUCUGGGCAACGGGUCGGAAUGCAUCCACGUCAGGGCGGACCUGCGGUCCCCCGACAGCGCCGCCCAGAUUGUCCAGAGCUCGCUGGAGGCGUUCGGCCACGCCAUUGACAUCGUCGUCAACAACGCCGGCGCCGAGGUGGUCAAGCCCUUCCAGGACAUCACCACGGACGACUUCGACUUCGUCUACCACCUCAACGUCCGCGCGCCCCUCCUCCUGCUCCAGGCCGUGAAGCCGCAUCUGCGCGCGCCCGGCCGCAUCAUCAACAUCUCAUCGGUCGGCAGCCGCUCGGGCAUGAAGAGCCUCUCCCUCUACUGCUCCUCCAAGGCGGCCCUCGAGGGCAUGACCCGCUGCUGGGCGGCCGAGCUGGGCGGCGACGGCCACACUGUGAACUCGGUCAACCCGGGCCCUGUGCAGAGCGAGAUGCUGGACAACAUACCCCGGGAGAUUAUCGAGAUGCAGCUGGCGCAGACGCCGAUACAGAACCGGCUUGGCACGGUGGAUGAUGUUGCACAGAUUGUGGCCUGGUUGGCGUCGGAGGAGAGCAGAUGGGUGACCGGACAGUGUAUUUCUGCGAGUGGAGGAUGGGCCUUGUACUGA